GUUGAACUGGAGGCUCUAUUCGAGCAGUUCAAAUCGCUGAGUCGGGAUGGCGGUAUUGAUAAGACGACGUUCGAGCAAUGCUUGGGACCUCUCGGUGUCGAUAGAAAUUUGGUUACGGAGCGAAUAUUCCAUUUCUUCGAUCAGGUGUGUGGGAGUACUAAACGUUAA